AUUGGCAAACAUUCUUACUGUAUCGUUAGCGGAAAGUAAUUAUAUUUUAACGAAUAAUGAACAUCUUUUUAACACAAUGUUCAAUGUUUAUGUAUUUUUUAUAUGUGUAUAUUGCAAACAUGCCAUUCAGCCUUGAACCUAUCACCACUGUCGUGUAACAUGACACCAACUGUUACCUACUGCUCUGAAAUGACCUACAUUUUUUUUUUUUAAUAUUAUUUUUAGUUGUAGUAGUGGGAUAAUGUUCUAAUAACAUCAGGAAAACUGGAGUCUGAGUGUUUUCAUACCUUAAUCGCAACGUUUGGUAAACAUUCCAGAACAAAAAAUUGUUUAGUGGGGUUGGUGAAAAAUUGUGUUGGCACAACCUCCUGCAGUUAAAGACAUCAUUGCAAUAGACAACAAUUAGGGCGUAAACUGACUGAAUAAAUGCAAGACACAAGAUGUACAACAAAAAGGAGUAAAUGAUAGGCAUGCGAUACCAAUGUUAUGCAAAUUUAAGUAGUGCAGGGGUGAGAGUUGACACAGGUAUAAUGCAUACAACAUACAUGCAUAUAUAUUGUGCAUAACGUACAUCACAUGCAAUACGCUAUUAUAAUGUACAAAAAGAUUGUCAGGGUUCUGUCCUGAUGAGAAUGUAAACAUUGAAAUGGUGCAGGGGGGACUGUUGAGUCUGGAGGAAGGCGAAGAAGCUGUUCUUGAAGCGUGUUAUUUUUGUGAUGAGUGGUCUCCAUAAUGGUCCUCCAUAAUCUUUGGCACAUUUAGUGGUAUGUUGAAUGUAUAGUUGUUCAGUUGAUGGUCUUUGAGGCCUUGAUGACAAGUCUUUUUCUAAUGAAGGAAUCCGUUCCGCUAUACCAAACUAUGAGGGAACGUGUCGGGAUGGUCUCUGUGAUGAUGGUGUAGAACGGUACAAAGAGGUGACUACUGACUCCGAAGCUCAUGUGUCGCUUGAGGAAAUGCAGUCUCCGGUUUGCCUUCUUGAUGAGAUGGUCCAAGGUAAUCUGCCAUUUUAAGGAACUGCAGAUUGAGGGGCCCAGAAAUGUGAAAGAGUCCGUUACUGAUGUUGAGCUGGAGGUCUUUGUCAGUACGAAAGGCUAAAGCGAGUGAGGCUAGCUCAGGACCUUCUUGUGAACUUUCACCAAUGUCUGGUGGAAAGUGUACUGACAUACUGCAUCACGGCAUGGUUUGCCAGCUGCACAAGGGAGGGUUACUCCGGGUGCGUUUCCCGAGCUGUAACGCCAAGAGAUGUUUUUCCAUUAUAAAUCAUGCAAACCGUACCUGAGCGAUACCAGCACUGGCAUGGCCCUGCUUAAUAGCACUGACUAGCGCAACGAAACCAUGCUGGAUGUGUCACUGACAUCUGACUGGUCGAAAUGCAGGGAGAUACUGGUGAUCUGCAUCGAUAUGUGCUAUUAUACAGUGUAUAUAACAGUAUAUAUAGUAUUGAUGCAUUGCUUGGAACCUGAACAUUUCCAGCCUUCUACUUAAAAAAUGUACUAGAGCACGGCUGAACAGAAUGGAUUUGUAACACAAACUUGUGCAAGCACUGCUAUUUCUGCUAGCACUUGAUGCUAACAUAACAUGGCAAUUCUCACAGGAAAUUAGCACAUAGUAAAUCAUGAUGUACACCAUGUGACCAGUAAAUAAGCAUCUCUUCGGUGUUAUAUCACUGUCACUCACUAAACCCAGCAACAUCUUUACAGAGCCCACCCUUCUGCAGUGGAAAAUCGAACCAAGCUGGAAUUGCACUGUAACUAGUGUCUCUUCACAGUAUGUGUCAGGUACAACCUGUUUCCUGCACGCCAGUGGAAAAGUGCCAUAUGAUGGCUCAAAACAUCACUGGCCCACAUCAUGCAGUAGGACAGGAUCUCUGCCCACCCUGCACACCACCUCUUCCAGUUGCUGUGCUCUGGAAGGCAUUAUAGGUUGAUUAUUUCAUGCACCACAAGACUGAAAAAUAGUUUCUUCCCCAGUGCUGUUAAACUGCUGAAUACCAUCUGACCAUCCCUCCAGUGUCGGGUACACACUGACAUAUACCCAUAACAUUCACCCUCUUCUGAAAAACAUUGUUCUUGUUUACCCAUCUUAGGCUUGUUAAAUCGGGGAAUUCCAUCAUAAUUUUGUUGUUCUUAAUUAAAUGAAGAUCAAGUUUUAUCUUGUCUUGUCUUUCCCCUGCUGUCUGCUCUAUCCACCUGUAUUUGAUACUGUGCUUCAUUAUUGUCAGAGAUGCUUCCAGUGAUGGUGGUAUCAUCUGCAUAUUUGGGAAUUUUCAUAGAGCUGUCCUGUGAUGUCAGCUUGCUUAUGAACAAGGGAACGGGAAGCAGGGAGAGCACGCAGCGGCCUUGCGGGGUUCCAGUGCUGAUGGUCAGAGGAGUGGACAGUACACUGCACACCCUGAUAGACUGACGUUGGCAGGAUAGGAAGUCCAGAAGCCAGUGGCCGAGAGCAGUGCAGUGUCAUGCCCACCCCCCAUUACUUUUUGGGAAGAGUGAGAGUGGGCUAACAGUACUGAAAGCUGAGCUGUCCAUGAACUGCACACACAGGUAUUGGUGUCUCUAGUUGUUGCAAUGUGUAGUAGAGUGCUUGACUGAUGAGGUCUUCUGCAGAUCUGUUGGAGCAGUAGGCAAAUUGCUGUGGGUCCAGUAUUGAGGAAGUGCAAGACUUUAGAUGGGACAGAACAAUAUGUUCAAAUGGUUAAUAGCCACUGGCAUCAGGGCAACAUGCGAGUAGUCAUUAAGACAGUUGGGGUUGGAGGAUUUUGCUGUGGGUUUAUGGUGGCACUGUUGCACUGACACAGAGUGGCUGAAGGUGGCUGUGGACCCGGGGGCCAGCAGGGAGACACGGUGGCUGGGCACAGCAGGGGUUACCUUGUCAGGACUGAUACCUUUCCUCUUCUUCAGUUUCCUCAGGGAAGUUGCACCUUUUCCUCUGUGACAAGAAAACGUGUUGAAACAUGCAUCAACAUCAUUAAGUUUGCUUGGGAAGCCUGGAUCAUCUUUGUCAGGAGAAGCUGCAGUCUUCUUGUUUGUCAUCCUCAGGAGGAUUUUCCAAGUCAUUCUACUCUAUGACUUGCAUUGCUGUUCCAAUUUGAGGACAUGGAUGAUGGAUUCGGACUUGGGGAUCGCUGUUAUCCGCAGCUGCUGGACACCUCCCUGGAUGGAGAGCUUAAAUCCUUCCUGAUCGACGAAGAUGAGCUGCACACUUACGAUGAUCUAACCAAAGUUAACCCUGUGACUCCCAGCACAGUGCUGAAAUGUCUCCAAGCGAGGUAUUCCGUCAAAGUCUUCUACACCCACGCCGGCUGCACUCUGGUGGCUCUGAAUCCAUUCCAGCCCGUGCCUCAUCUGUACUCCCCAGAGGUGAUGAAGGAGUACCACUGCGCUCGGCAGCCUCAGGAAUUCAAACCACACAUCUUCGUUGUGGCCGAGGAGGCCUACCGAAAUAUUCAGGGCCAGGUGGAACCAGUGGACCAGUCGCUGGUGGUCAGUGGGGAGAGUGGUGCAGGAAAGACUUGGACAACCCGCUGUCUUAUGAAGUACUACUCCACCAUCGCGGCUUCCUCCUCCCAAAAAUGCCAGAAUAUGAUCGAGAGGAUAGAGAAGCGGGUUCUCGAUUCCAACCCCAUCAUGGAGGCUUUUGGCAAUGCUUGCACUUCAAGGAACAACAACAGCAGCCGCUUCGGGAAAUAUAUCCAGCUCCAGCUAAACACGUCACAUCUGCUUGUUGGAGCCUCUGUUCAAACAUACCUUCUGGAGAAGACCAGGAUAGUUAAGCAAGGUGCCGAUGAGAGGAAUUUUCACAUAUUUUACCAGAUGAUGAAAGGGGCUACAGAAGAACAGAGGAAAGAGUGGAAGAUACCGAGGGACCAACAUUUCACCUGGCUGCCGAACGCUGACAGAACGCUAGAGGAGGACUGUUUUCAGGACACGGUGGCUGCAAUGGGUCACAUGGGCAUUGCCACGGAGACACAGGGACAGAUAUUCCAGAUGCUGGCAGGUCUCCUUAAUCUCGGCAACGUGACCUUCUGCCCGUCAGCUGACGAGUCCCAGCCCUGUGACCUCCAGGAAGAAGCCGCAGGCUUCCUGCGGGCCGCUGCCUCCCUCCUGCACGUCUCAGCGGAGCAGCUGGAGUCCUGCCUGAAGCUGAGGGUCCUGCAAGCCGGGAAACAGAGCGUGCUGAAGCCAUGCUCUCGGGAGGAGUGUGGCAUCCGGCGGGACUGCCUGGCCAAGCUCAUCUAUGCCCGUGUUUUCGACUGGCUGGUAGCGUUCAUCAAUAAGAGCAUGUGUGCCAGCUCAUCCAGCUGGUGCAAUUUCAUAGGCCUGCUGGACGUCUAUGGCUUCGAAUGCUUUGUCCUGAACAACCUGGAGCAGCUGUGCAUCAACUACGCCAAUGAGAAGCUGCAGCAGCACUUUGUGGCCCAUUAUCUGAAAGCUCAGCAGGAGGAGUACGUGUCCGAGGGCUUAGUGUGGUCCUUCGUCCAGUACCAGGACAACCAGAGCUGCUUGCACCUGCUGGAGGGCAGCCCCAACGGCAUCUUCUCUCUGCUCAAUGAGGAGUGCCGCCUCAACCGUGGCGCCGAUGCCCAGCAGUUCCGCACUCGCCUGCAGAGGGAGCUGUCUGGGAACGCUUGCAUGAGCUGGGAUACAUUCAGCAAGCAGCCGCACUUCACCGUGUCCCACUAUGCUGGCAGAGUCAGCUACCAGAUCGAGGGAAUGGUGGAGAAGAACAGGGAUCCUGUCCCUCCGGAGCUCAUACACAUGCUUCAGGGGUCUCAGGACUCACUGCUGCAGAGUCUCUUUGCUGACGGUAAUGCAGAUGACAGCAGUGGCAGAAGACAUACCAAAGUGGUCACCGUAGUCUCCAAAUUCAAGAACUCGCUCGAGAGCUUGAUGAAGAUCCUGCACAGCACUACACCUCACUACACCAGGUGUAUUAAGCCCAACCCAGAAUGCAGACCGCUGACGUUUAAGAAGGAGGAGGUUAUUCUUCAACUGGAAGCUUGCGGCAUUGUGGAAACCAUAAAUAUCAGUGCGGCUGGUUUUCCCAUCCGGAUCCCUCACUUGUGUUUCCUCAAACGUUAUGGGCUGAUCGCCAACUCCCGGAUUUCAUGGCAGUCGGUGGAGGAAAGCGAGCCGGAGGCUGGCAGUGACACCGUGGCCCAUGCCGUCGUGGCAGUCCUCAACGAGGUGCUGAGAUGCCAUUCCCUGGAGCCGUUACGCUACCCUGGGACGAGGACGCACGGUUCUUUGGUGCACUGUGGAGAGACCAAGGCCUUCCUGACGCACUUUAUGCUGGAGCUCCUGGAGGAGCACAGGGGACGAGCACGAUCCCAAAGGGCCUCCGUGAUCCAGUGCUGCUGGCGUCGGUACUGCCGCAGGAAGCGUGCAGCCCAGGCGUGCGCCGCGGCCAGGAUUCAAGCCGCUGUGCGAUCCUGGUUGGUCAGAAAAGAAGUUCUGAGAUGGUGCCGGGCCGCCACCAUCAUCCAGAGGCAAUGGCAGGGAUGGAGAGCUCGCAUGGAAGCCCUGGCUGAGACUGAGUUGGAUGACGUCACGGACACGGAGAAGACAUCCUGGGGCUGCACCGGGCUGUCCUUACAGUUGUCCACCCACCAGGAGCCUGUGAUUUUGUGGGCAUGGCCUGUUGGACUUGCCCUGGCAUCAGCCCCCACUGUCACAGUGGCCAUGACUGUCACCAACAUCCAGAAGAUGGUGUCCUUGUUUGCUUGUCUAAAGCUAUCCUUUCCAAGCUUCAGUUACAAAGUGGAAACCAACCAGUUUGAGCAGGGGGUGGCCUCGAUCAGAGCACAGCCGCAGGAGUCUAUUAGGCUCCACCUCCAACGCUCCCCACUUCCGUAUUCUGACACCCAUCCCGACAAGAGAGGAGUCACUGGCUUCAACCAGAUCCUGCUGGAGAAAACAUGACAUGACAUAAAUAAAAAAAAAAAAAUGCAUCUCUCUUACCUGCAUCGCUUUCUUAAGCGACUCGCUGCUGGAGAUUUUUCCAGAGCUGCAUUUGAACUUAUUUUUUCUAAAACCAGUAUUGUUACUCUCAGGCUGAUUAGAUCUCACUGCAGUGCCUUUAUGUCUGUGGUUUGCCAUUCCAGUCCUCUAGCUGCUUGUCUAUUACACUACAGUGCUUUAUAGCUACAGUUCAGAACUCUAUUUCUAGAUGUUUCUUUUAAAGAUUUAAACAUUAAGGUCAAUAUACCAUAAACCAUAGUAAAAUCAUUUUAAAAUGAUGUAAGAACAGUGAUCUGUAAAACUGACAAACAGUUGGUAUGAUUUAACACUUGAGAUUUAUUUAUUCUGUAUACUAAAAUAUGCUGUGUAGAAGAAGUGUUUCAAAAUGUAACCCUUACUCCCUCACAGGGUCAGAUGGUACAUGCUAUGUUUGCAUGGUUCAGUAAUUAGUGAUAUACUAAUUACCUUGUUACUGCACAGUACAUAAACCAAAGAAUCUGGUGAAAACCAGCAAAGUACAGGUAAUAGGUAUCUGUACAUCUUCUAGUAUCUCUGGCUUAGAAGGAAUACUAAUAGUUUUGUUAUGCUGUCUUCUAUUUCCAAAUGUCGAUACUGUGCUGUGUUCGGGGAACAGGUGUGGUGCACAAUGAUUAAAUUAUGAAUUUAUACAUUUAUCUGGCAUACACACACGUACAAAUAAAGCAUGUUUGCCUUGGCAUAGUGCCCCAGCAGCUUGUUGUUAGUAUUUUCAGCCUUGUUUUCCUGCAUGCAGGUAAUGAUGUACCUGUUCAUUAGGAUACAAUUAAUUUAGAAUAGUGCUGUCAAACGAUUAAAAUGUUUAAUCAGAUUAA